AUGGCCACCCAACUUUCUUUCGUGACGCUGGACGUCUUCACCAACACCCGCUACACCGGAAAUCCACUAGCCAUCGUCUCAGUACCGCAGACGAUUUCUCUAUCUCAAUCACAGAAACAACGCAUCGCUCGAGAGUUUAAUCUCUCUGAGACGGUCUUCCUGCACGAACAAACUAACGAGGACAAGUCAAAGAGCUUGGCCAGGAUCGAUAUCUUUACAUCCUAUGCGGAAAUUCCGUUCGCUGGCCAUCCAACGGUUGGGACCUCUAACUAUCUCCUUGGCCUCCUAGGCGUCCGAAGCAGCCAGUCUGCCAGUAAUGUGAAAGCGCUACAGACCAAGGCGGGCCUUUUGGGAAUAUCCUUGAAUCCCGCCAUCGAUGGGGUACAGAUAUCUGUUGCGCACAAUGUACGAACCCACGCGAAUCCAUUUGCAGGACAAAGUUUUGCAGAUUUCCCAGUGGUGAGCAUUGUGAAAGGCAUGACGUUCAUCCUUGCGCAGCAAACUUCUCUCGAAGAACUAGGUCUCCAGACGAAGAGUCUGCUUGGAAUUGAUCAAACGUUGAGCGCAUCCCGAUUGCUAGACUCGGGAUUCCAGGAAGGCAUCGUGGUAUCGUACUUCUUUGUUGAUCUUGGCGUCGGUGAUGACGGCGUGCGAAACCUCCGCACACGCUCGCAUGGGAGCCGAGAAGAUCCAGCUACAGGAUCGGCUGCCAGCGCGCUGACGAGCUAUCUUUCGUUGAAGGAGGGCAAGCCCGGACGAUACAGCUAUCAUAUCACUCAAGGCGUGGAGAUGGGCCAGAGAAGUGAGAUAUUUGUCAAUGUCGGCGUGAAGGAGAAGUCCAGUGGUGAUGGCGUCGAGAUCGAAGAAGUGCUGUUGUCUGGCUGUGCGGUAUUGACUAUGCAAGGGUCGCUGGAGAUUCCUGGGGCUUAA